AAUGGACGCUAAGAGCAAGCAAAAGGUGGUUUUGGUAACAGGUGGGUCCGGCUUGGUGGGGCAAGCCAUGAAGAAAGUGUCAGAGGAAGAAAACCGUCCUGAUGAGAAGUGGAUUUUCCUCUCCUCAAAGGAUGCUGAUCUGAGAGAUCCAGAGGAAACCCGUGCUAUCAUAAAAAAGUACAACCCGACACAUGUUGUUCAUCUAGCUGCUAUGGUUGGAGGAUUAUACAAACAUCUAAGGGUCAACUGUGACUUUUUGACUUUUAACAUCCGCAUCAACGAUAACGUCCUGGACUCAUGCAAGGAGAUGGGAGUAGAAAAGGUCGUGUCGUGCCUCUCCACCUGCGUUUUUCCUGACCAGACGACUUACCCCAUUGAUGAAACAAUGAUUCACAACGGCCCACCUCACGACUCGAAUUUCGGCUACAGCUAUGCCAAAAGAAUGAUCGUGGUGAUGAACAGAGCUUACAACAUGCAGUAUGGUUGUCAGUUCACUUCCGUCAUCCCCACCAAUAUCUACGGGCCUCACGACAAUUUCAAUCUGGAAGAUGCUCACGUCCUACCUGGGUUAAUCCAUAAGGGCUACCUUGCAAAGCAGAAAAGCAUCCCUUUCACUGUCUGUGGAACGGGGACGCCUCGUAGACAGUUCAUCUACUCAGUCGACCUGGCAAAGCUCAUCAUGUGGACUUUGAGGGAAUAUGAAGAAAUCGAACCAAUCAUCCUCUCAGUUGACAAGGAGGACGAAGUAUCAGUGGGGGAGGUGGCUGAGCUGGUAGCAGAGGCCUUCGACCUCAAGGAUAAGGUCCUUUAUGACACCUCAAAAUCUGAUGGUCAAAUCAAGAAGACGGCAAACAACGCCAAGUUGAGGAAGUACUUGCCCAACUUCAAGUUUACGUCCCUCCGUCAAGGGAUCAGGGAAACGGCAGAAUGGCUGGAGACUCAUUAUGAGAAUGCAAGAGUAUAGCUCCUUAAAACUCUAAAUUUGUUGUUGGUACUUUAGCACAAGAAUUGGAGAUGUCUUUUUUUUUGUUAUAUUCAGAUAUAUAGUUCUUAUUCUCGAUGUACAUUAACUUGCAGUAAAAACAUUUAUGUAAACUGUAAAUUAAGAUGCACUAUACAACCAGGACUGUUGUAGACUCUUAUUUAUCAAAUGCAGCGCACCUUUAUAUUUCAUUCUGUGGGUCAUUUGUUCAUCGUGUGUAAG